AGCGCGCGCGCCAUACGCCGGCCGCCAGUACUCCGCCGCACCCCGCCGCGCGCGCGCGUUCGCCAGUCACCGGCGCCGAUACCACCGUUAUAGCCCCAUGACAGCCUGAUGGACGAACGAAAAGGUAGUCCAUGCAUGCUUGUGCCACAGUGAAAUACCAGUGGAGUGCAGUGUUGUGUUGAUGACAUGGAGGAGGUCCGCAUAUCGGACUGGCCCGAUCCACCGGGCUCACAUGCAUGGCUGCCCGCUUACGGCUUCCAGCAUGAAAUUUUGGACAAAGAUGACUAUUUUUGCACAAACGGUGAAACUGGCAGCACACACGCGUUGUACCUGGAGACGAUAGUGGAGGAGACGAGCGAUGACCUGCGCUCCGAGCGCUCCUCGGCCGCCACCUGGCUCUCAGAUUCUGACGCGGACUCCGUUAUACACGUGCGAGGAGCCGCUGCAGGGUCAGAGGACAGCGAAUCGGAGCGAGAAUGGGCUUGCCCGGCGAAGCGGCGGCGGCGGGAGCGCGCCUCCUCGCCCGCCAGCUCGGGCUCCCUCUCGCGCUCCUCCAGCCUAGCGCAGUUUGAGUCCCUCGAGCGCUCCUGCGCCGCGCCCGCCUCGCCCAGCCUGUCGCCCGACUCGCUGGAGUCGCCGCCCGCCUCCCCGCCGCCGGCGCGCGCUGUCGCGCCGCGGACGCAUCUCUCCGCGGAGAACCUCAGCGAGGACAGCGGCUACAGUGAACGCUCUCGGCGACCCCCGCCCGCGCAGCGCCGCCCGCCCGAAAUAGCGCACCGGCCGCCCGCCGCCGGCAGCGUGCCCUGCCUCGCGUCGCCCAGUGCCGAGCGCCGCCCGUGCCGCGCCGCGCGCGCCCUCUCGCUGCCCGCCGAGCUCGACGUGUGCGCCGAGCCGCGCCGCCACGUGCCCGCGCACCGGGCGCACUUCCGCCAGACGUUCGAAGUCAGCGACAGCCUCACGGUCAGCGUGGCCGACCUGACCGCGCUGGACUACCGCGGCGGCCCGCGCCGCCCGCGCCUGCCGCCGCCGCCGCCGCCUCCGCCGCGAACCCGGCGCGACCCACCCCCGCCGCCGCCGCCCGUCGAUGUCGUCGUGCGGCAGCCCGCCGCGUCGCCGGCCCGCGAGCCGAGCGCCGGAAGCGACUCCACCACCGAAUCCGAACUCGCGUUCGCGCGCGAAAUGGAAACCACCGCGCGACAACUCGACGAGACCGCGAGGCGGGCGCUCGCGGAGAGCGGCGAUUUCGAUCGCGAACUGUCAGUGUUAACCGCGAGACGACUCCGGGACUCGUGGGGCGUCUGGGACGACGUCCUCGACGAGCUGCGACGACGGAUGGAACCCCAGUCGGCGACGCCCUCCCCGCCUCGAACGCCAUCCCCGGACCCCAUCCGGGAGCCCUCGUUCACGUCGACGCCGCUGCGAGCGGGCGACGCGCGAGUGCGGUCCACCCCCGAGCUGCGAGCGCGCGCCACGCCGCAGCGCGAGACGCCGGAGGAGCUCCGGGCGUCGCUCCAGCUCGUAGCGCCGCCGCCGCCGGGCGCCACGCCGCCCGUCCGCUCGAUCUCGGCGGGCUCGAAGGGGGUCACGUUCUCGCCCGUGGUGGCGGAGGUCAGCUGGCGCGAGACGAGCGCGAGCACCACGGAGAGCGAGACGACCGCGAGCGACGACGCGGCGGACGCGGAGGUGGAGGUGGUGGGGGCGGCGCAGGCGCGCGCGCCGGCCGCAGAGCGCGCUGCCGCCAUGACCGACGCGGGCGCGCGCGCGCCGCGCAGCCGCAUCGCCGGCUUCCUGUCGAGGUUCGCGAACUUCAGGUUUUCGGGGCGCAAGGAGAAAAAGUGUCGGGGCGCAGGCGCGAACGGGAGGGCGGUCGGGAGCGCGCCGCCGGCGGCAGACGCGGGGCAGGCUCCGCGCGCGGCGGCCGCCGGGCCGCAGUAUGUGCGCAUCCCGCUGAAGGAGGAGGGCGUGUCGCGGGCCGCGGGCCCCCCGGCGCCGGGCGGCGUGGCGCACAAGCCGCCGCGGCCGCGCCCGCCGCCCGCGCCGGCGCCCGGCGUGCUGGAGACGGACGUGGACACGCAGCGCACGGUGCUGCACGCGCGCUCGCUGCUGGCGCUGGCGCCGCCGGACCAGCGCGCCCCUCGCCCGCACAAGUCUAUGGAGUUCCUUCUCGACAAGGACAGCGCGCAGACAGUACAG